AGGCAGACUGCUGAAGCUGUCGACUAGCAGCCAUUGUUUCACUUUAACAGUGCACUUGAUUCGCAGCUCACAGAAGCCGAAGCGCUGGGAGGCUGUGAACAUGGACAGGAAUGGUAACAUGCAAAGGACAUCGCCACCAAAGCUCAGCUCAGAAUCGGAAUUCUUGCCCGAUCCUGUAACCAACACGUUGAACUCUGUUUAGCCAGCUGGUGCUUGCAGUCACCAGUCAAAGUUUUGGAACCACUGACUGCACAUAUUUGGCUCGAUGCAGCUUUUGCCAGCGUGAAAGUUAUAUUCACUCUCUCACCAAGCGAGUUCCCGAAAGCCAUGUGGUUAUGGAUGGAGCGAUGCGAGUGGUCGCAUUGACUUGGUUGACACUGACACAUGGUCAAGUGACUGGGGAGCAGUGCAACUCUGUACCAAGAAGCUCAGCAACCACAGAAUGGUGUAAGCAGAGUUGCGCAAUGCUCUUGGCCUUUGUUCGCAUGCGAAUGCCGUACGAGACCAUGGACUUCAACGUUCUGCUUGGAGCAAACAAAAUGAACACAUGGGCAGUCUGCCCUUCAGCAUUUCGCAGUAUUGUCUUUGCAAGGUUGGCGCACGAAAUAAAGCAGCUGCAGCCGGACGACUUGCCUUCUGUUGAGCGAAGGAUUAGGGUGGCGGAACACGCAGCUCGGGAGUUUGUGACCAAGAACAUCACAGGCUAUUUGGAAGCUGGAACCAGUUUUGCGCCGUGGUUUCACCUGGGAACAGUCUUUGAGGUCAUCAAGGAGAACUUUUCUGCUGUAUUCUCAAGGCAGGAGCAGCUCCUGCCAACACCAAAACGAAAUGCUAUUGCGGAAGUACUCCAACGCUCCUUGGACUCUGAUGCGCCUACCAUGGGGCCAAUGCAGAUGCUGAGAGAGCAAGGAUGGCGCAGCGGGGAUUUUCAAGGUUCAGACAUUGCCAGCCUUGAACGUGCAGCACUCUUGCUAGCUGAAGCAGACUUUGUGCGAGUUUCGAAAGCAUAUGGAAUUCCUGGAUCUGGCGGUCUUAUGGGAGCUGCCAGAGACGAAAUGAAUCACUUGCUCAACCUUGGCCAGAAAUUUUUGCUGCAAUCAUAUUUGCACGCCAAGGCUGCAGCUCCGGCAGGUCUCACAGAUCUUUAUGGCCUCUUCACAGCAGUGUGGCAGACUGGAGUGCCAAUCUUCGAGAUUCUGGAUCGUUUGGACAGCCAAGUCUUGGAGUCCAUAUUCUUGCCAACCUCACAGACGCACAGUGAUGCGCCGUUUCUGGUGCAUGUUUUGCCAACACGGAAUGUGGAGUCCAACCACGUGCGUGCAUUCUUUGACCUGCAUUGUGACCAGACUUUCAAGGACUUGGUUGAAAAGCAUAAGAACCUGCGGCAGCCAUUGAUGGUUGUGGAGAUUGGCACGCAUUUGGGAGGUUGUGUGCUUUAUGCACUCACGCAUUUGCCCAAAGAGACCCGUGCUCUUGCUAUCGAUGCCUAUGGCCCAGCUGUGGCAGCCUUGCGGCGCACAGCUGCGUCAAAUGGGCUUGCGGACAGGCUUACUGUUGUGGAACAGUUUGUUUGUCCAGAUGACAAACGCAGAUAUUCCCUGGAGCUGAAGGCCACAGGCCCUGCCAUGGUCCAGCCAGCCUGGACUGAGACUGCAGCAGAUGCAGCCUCUGAGAUGAGCGGACCUAAACCCGUCGCCACUUGCCAGCAUACAGUUGUAGGUUUUUAUUCGUGGGAUUUUUGUCCAUGCAGUGGCAUGCUGCAGGAGUGCAGAAGCUUGGAUGCCAUUUUUAUGGAGUAUGGCAUUCUAGAGGUGGAUUUGAUGCGCAUUCAUGUACUUGGUCGUGAGUAUGAUGCCCUACGCUCUGGGGAGCGCUUCUUUGCAAAUGGAAAGGUUAAAGUUUUGGCAGGUUCUGUCAGCCAACAGAACACAAAGCCUGGAAAGAUGGCUGAAAUGCUUUUUCGUGCCCUGCUUUCACUCAGUGAAGUUCCUGAAUCUUUGGAGAAUUGCAGUUUUCUUGAAUGCAAAGACGGUGUGCGCCUUGAGGUCAUGGCUACUCUUUGCAUUUUCGCGAGUUUCGAGACGAAGAAGUGGUGCUGGUGUUGCAAAACCAAAUGAUUCUUCCAAAGAGUACACUGACCAUGACGGCACACUCUCCUGACUCUCCUGUUUGAGCCCACGAGAGUUGCACUGUGGAAAGACCAAGUGUGGAGGUCAGAAGUUCAUGGAGUAUGCUGAAAAGUGCUCACGGAGACCAAGAAUACGUCUGACAAUACGGACAGCAGUGUGAACCAUUCGAGCUGAAAGAGAAUGCACAAAAAACUGAACAGCAAGAAAUCAGUUUGGUGAAGAAGGAUACUCAUCCACCGACUCUAAGCUUUCGCAUCGGCUGCCUGAUUCAACCUGCUCAAAGAUUGGGUAUUGGACACUUUGGCUUGGACUUGGACCUAGGACGCUACUAGGGGCUCCUGGCUACUUGGACCAAGGAUUCACAGCUUUCAAGGAGCAAGUUUCCACUUUCUGUGCUCGUGAUGUGGAUUUGAAGAGCUGGUGGGGUAGCACACGGUUGCUUGAAGCUGGAAGCCAAUUGAUGGAGACUGCCACUGCUAAGAUUUUCAGAUCAGGAGUACGCUUGGCGGCUG